UCCGCAAGUCCAAUUUGGCACGACACUACCAGACAAUUUGCUAUUGCUGAAUCUAUACAAGGCAGCUGAUUGGAUCUUUUCACUUGUUUAGAACCUUUUUUUCCUCUUUGGAGGCUUGUAAGAAAAUAAUCCACUUGGCUUGGUCAUUUCUGGAUGAGAAACGACACAUCAGUGAUGAGCGCGAGCAGGUUACUCAGAACUGAGGCUUUGUCUUGGCUGUCGGCUCUAGGAAACGUGUCCGGGGGCGAGUCCCAUAGCUUGGUUUUGCAGCCUCUCUGGGACUACCUCCACCAGAACCACCAUGACCUGCUAAGGAGCCCCCUCUUUCCUGUGGCCCUCUCAGUCACCACCUACUUUGUCCUGGUUGGUCUUUACACCGUGUUGGACUUGCUGGCUCCCACCUGGCCCUCAAUCAACCGUUACAGGCUGCAUCCGGACAAACCUGUCACCUGGCCAAACAUCUGGAGCACCCUGGGUGUCACUGUCUACAACCACCUGUUCUUCAUCUUUCCUGCGGCAGUUGCACAGUGGCUUUGGAGGCCACCGACUCCUUUACCCUCAGAAGCUCCUUCUCUCUGGAGCUUCUUUCUUGGCAUCCUGGGCUGCAUGGUCAUCUUCGAUUUCCAGUAUUACCUGUGGCACCUUAUGCACCACCGGGUUCCCUGGCUUUACCGCACCUUCCACGCCUUCCACCACCAGUACAACCAACCCUUCAGCCUGGUCACUCAGUAUCUGUCCGGCUGGGAGCUGUUUAGCGUGGGAUUCUGGGCAACAGUGGACCCCAUCCUGCUGAAGUGCCACUGCUUCACAACUUGGGGCUUCAUGGUCUUCAACGUUUACGUCUCCACUGAGGACCACUGUGGCUAUGACUUCCCCUGGGCCAUGCACAACCUUGUGCCCUUUGGGCUUUGGGGCGGGGCCCCCAAGCAUGAUGCUCAUCACCAGCGACCCGGGACCAACUUUGCCCCAUUCUUCUCCCACUGGGACUGGCUAGGGGGAACCAACACAUUGCCAACUCCCUCUGGCUACUCUGCCUCAGAAGAGCCAGAUGAGAUGAAAGACAAUGAUUAAAGAUCCUGAACACAUCUCUCAUUGACUCAAACUGCCUCUUUUAUACCUGCUCACAUUCUAACACUCUUGGUUUUUUCUUUCUACUCUCUGGCAACUUCUUCCAUUUUUUGUUUUAGUCUUGCCCUCGCCCUCAAUAUUAUCUUACUAACUGGCUCUUUCCCUCUGUGGGAAAUCUUUCUGUUACAUUUUAACUGUUUGCUAAACAUUAAAGGGUAUUAUUUCUUUUGUCUGUUAGUGCAAAGUGAUGGCAUAACUUUUCCUUUUGCGUCUUUUUCUUGAGAUUUCUCAUUUAUGCAAAUGUCUUGAUGUAUUGCCAGUGGUCUUUAUGUCAUUCUCAGGUCAGUUUCUGUGCAUGUGUAAAAUAUGUUAAGUAAAUGUGAUAAAUGAAAGAAAAAAUAAAGGCAUUUUAAAAAGA